GACAAAUAGAAGCUGGGCGACGGGCUAUGACACGAAAUGCACGUCGUGGAGGAAAAAUAUGGGUACGUAUAUUUCCCGAUAAACCAGUUACUGUACGACCCGCAGAAACACGUAUGGGUUCAGGAAAAGGAUCCCCUGAAUAUUGGGUUGCUGUUGUUAAACCCGGUCGGAUACUUUUUGAAAUGGGUGGAGUAACAAAAAAUAUUGCCAGAAAAGCUAUUUCAAUAGCAGCAUCAAAAAUGCCGAUACAAACUCAAUUCAUUAUUUCGGAGAUAGAAUAGACGAUAUAACUCUAGAACCAACCCAAAGAAUCUUAAGAAUGAAACAAAAACAAAAAAAAAAGAGGUUUCGUUUUAUGUUUGUGGACAAAAAAUAUUUCUUUUUUUCUUCGCCCUUUGCAUUGUGAAAGAAAAGAAUAAAAAAAAUGCUAUGAUUCAAUCCCCAAACCCUUUUAAAUGUAGCGGAUAACAGCGGGGCUCGAAAAUUGAUGUGUAUUCGAAUAAUAGGAGCUAGCAAUCGUCGAUAUGCUUAUAUUGGUGACAUUAUUGUUGCUGUUAUCAAAGAAGCUGUACCUAACAUGCCUCUACAAAGAUCUGAAGUAGUUAGAGCCGUAAUCGUGCGUACCUCUAAAGAACUAAAACGUGGCAACGGGAUAAUAAUACGAUAUGAUGAUAAUGCCGCAGUUGUUAUUGAUAAAGAAGGAAAUCCAAAAGGGACCAGAAUUUUUGGUCCAAUCCCCCGGGAGUUAAGACAAUUAAAUUUUACUAAAAUCGUUUCAUUAGCUCCUGAGGUAUUAUAAAAAAAAUUAAAAAAUGGAGUAGAAUCUGUCUCACGUAUAUAACUUUAAGAUUAAAAUAAAGUAAGAUAAACACAAUAAUCCAUAGACAAUAAAAAAAACACGUUGAGAGUAGAAAAAUUUUUAGCUCCAUAAUUAGAGUUCAUCAUGGGUAGGGACACUAUUGCUGAGAUAAUAACUUCUAUACGGAAUACUCAUAGGGAUGGAAAAAGAACAGUUCGAAUCCCAUCCAGUAAUAUUAAACGAAAAGAUUGUAAAACUCCUUUUAAAAGAAGGUUUUAUUGAAAGUGUGAGAAAUCAUCGAGAAAACAACAAAAAUUUUUUAGUUUUAACUCUGCAACAUAUAAACACUAAAAAAAGGACCUUUAGCAAUAUUCUAAAUUUAAAACGGAUAAGUCGACCCGGUCUACGAAUGUAUUCUAAGUCUAAAAAAAUACCUAAAAUUUUAGGCGGGAUGGGGGUUGUAAUUCUUUCUACUUCACGUGGUAUAAUGACAGACCGAGAAGCCCGACUGCAAAGAAUCGGGGGGGAGAUUUUGUUUUAUA